CGUGACGAGAGGUUCAGGCAAGUGUCACCGCCGUCGCUCUCCCAGUGAACCUUAGAAUCUCCUAUUAUUAUUAUUAUCAUCAUCAAGGGUUAACGCUAAACCCGUAGGGGUCAUACAGCGCAUGGGGAAUGGAAGGCAAUCAGACCCGAUGUAAAGAAGGAAAGGAUUGGUUCGGUUCCUUGGACUAAGAGCCCCUGACCGGUGUCAAGGAACCUUCCUUGGAGGGCUUAAUGAACGUGAGUGCUCGAAGCAGAUGCUUCAGACGCUUCACACCUAUAACAACAAGGCUACAGUCUACGAUGAGCUACGGGAGAGACGUAACGCUGCUCUGCCAACCUGACACCGGCAACAGGGAUAAGAGUUUAAUAAGCAACGUGAUGGGUGAGGCAGUGAUGGUAGCGGUGCUGGUGGCCAGCGUGUUAAGUCUGAUCAUUGCACUGCCCUUGCUGCAAUUUAACCUGGGUCAGUCUGAGAGGGAGACGGCUACACAGGAUCCCUUGAUCGAUCAUGAAGUAAACGAAGAGGCUGAGCUCGUCGACCUAGUGAGGGAGAGCCUAGUUAUGCAGAGUGGGGCUCUUAGUGUUCAGGAGCAAGAGGAAGCGGCAGCGACAGAUUACCAUCAAGUGGAGGUGGUGGGUGCUGCUGUGACGGAGGAAGACUUGAGUGACCCACUGGAGUACUCUGAUGAGCUGGAGGGUCUGAUGGACACAGUGGGUAGUGACCCAGCUGACCCCGACGCUGUGGCCUUCCUCCUGCCACUCAGAGGUCACACUGGUAAUCUCGGCAUAAGUUACGGUCGUCGCCUGAAGCAGAUACUGGAGACUGCAGCAGACUCUGCAAGGCAGGCAGCUGCGGCAGAGAAGGGCCCUCACGCUAUAAACAGAAGCUCCAACGUGUUCCUACCCACCAGCGUCCUUGUCAGGGAUUCCCAAAGUGACCCAGAUAUAGCUAGGAAGUUGACCCAGCACUUCUACGAGGUGCACGGCACCACCCGCUACUUCGGCUACCUGACGGACGAGGAAGCUCUGACGGUAGCUCACUGGGCCAGAGCCAAGGCUCCAGGGGCCAGAUUCGUGACGCCGACAGCCAUUUCAACCUACCUCGAGAGUGCCAGGAAUGUUGCCAGGGUGCAGCCGUCGGCCCGCGUGCUAGCAGCAGCGGUGGGAGACUUUCUAGCCACCAUCCACACCCACCGUCCCCUGGUAGUGGCUCGAGCUUCCCUCCACACUGAUGCUUUCCUCUCCUUGCUGCACGCCGUCGGCCUCCGGCCUAACAAGGUGAUGCACUACUACGAGACUACUCACGCCCAGGAGAUGGUGGAGAGAGUGAAGACUUACCUAGCCAAGGAUCCUUCCCCCGUCCUCCUCCUGGGCAAUGCUGAGAGCUGGCACCUCAUAAUGGCUGCCGACCGCUUCUUUCCUGCAGUGUGGAUUUUGCCUUUCCAGACGCAGCUGCAUGACCACAUGCGCACGAAUCAGUCUGAACUAAUCACUUUUAUGUAUCGCGCAUAUGACGACGUGCCGAAAGGAUUCUUGAGAGAAGAGUUGCUCUUAUCGCCUUCUGAAUCCACUGUAUUGGCCUCUAUGUCGUUGUUAACAGGUAGACAGCGGAAGUGGCAUGGAUCCUAUGUAGUUGCAGCGUCCGUUCCCGUAGCUUCAAUUGCGGCCAGUGUGAGGCUGGUGGGUGCUUCUGACGGCUGGCUGCCACUCUUGCAAUAUGACAUGGCACGUAGGAGCAUAACACGAAGGUUGUACCAGGAAUUGCUAGUGACUCGGGAGUUGUUAAAGCCCCUAGUGUCUGGAGACAAUUGUACUCUGGUGCUUCGUUAUAUAGAAGAACUGACGGGCUCGAAGAGAGUGAGUGAGAUUCCUGUACACUCAACACUGCCUACUUUGCUGAUGCCAGCUGAAAGGGGUGCCCACGUGCACGUGGAUUGCCCACGCCACCACACUGACCUUAGAUGUUCCGCUCCAAGUGGUUCGUGGGCACCAGUUACAUGCCGAGGGGCACUGCAGGGCAGCCACAGGUUCCAAGCAGAGUGUGGGAAGGAGGUGGGAAUCACGGUUGCAGCGUCAAGAGGGUGCACGGCAUCCCAAGGCUUAGUGUGUCGCAGUGGACACUCGCUAGGCUGUCUACUGUCUGGCUUUCUCCCCACCCUCACCCCUCUCCCCCUCCUCUACCUGUGCUGGCCUACACCUCGACACAUUUUUAAAACUUUAAAACAUCAUCUGCAUGCAAGAUUUACCACACGGUUUUGUUUAAAUGAAAUGCAAUCAACAUUUUCAUUCUUUAUUUGA